AUGAAUAGAUAAACAAACAUUUUUCUGAAGAGAAUAGAUGCAUCGUUAGAUUAUUGGAUAUCACUUGUUUCAAUCGGAUUAGAAAUUUAUUUACAAUAAGAUUUGGAUACAUUAUAAUAUUUUAGUAUUGCUUUAUUAUUUCUGGUUGGAAUAGCAAAGUUCAUAUAAUCAAAAUAUAAAUUUGGGAUUAAAUAAGGUAUGAGAUUGAAAAUAUGAAGGUUUAGAUUAUACGCCUCUUUUUUUUUGGUCUCUUUCUCUUGUUAGAAUGAUAUUUAUCAAAAAUAUCAACAAAGAUUAAACAAUUAUUUGGUUGUACAGUCUUGGUUAUAGUAAUGGAUAAUAUAUGAGUAUGAUUCGUUUUAAAUGGAUAAAUGAAAUAGUAGAAAUAGGAAAAGCAAUAAUAUAAUUGGGUGUACUUAUUGGUUUAUUAAUUUAUUAUUUUGAGGAGCAAUUAGGUUCAAGUAUAAUACUAAUAAUAAUGAUACUUUUUACUUAGUAUCAUAGUUACCGUUAAACAAUAAAGCUAUUAGAAUUGAAAAUAGAAGACUUUAAUUCUUAAAAUAAGACUAAUUUAAAUGGAUCUACAAACAAAUUAAUCUCCAGAAAAUACGAGGCAUAAGAAUUAAAUAUAAAAGAAGUAGAAUCAAUAAGUAGAUAGGAAGCAUCAAAACAUUAAAUUAAGAAUUAAGUGGAGAUAUAACCACCAACUUAAAAUAUAGUUUGGCAUUAAUUUAUAGAAUAGAGUGAAGAUUACAUAAGCAAGUUCUAUUUUAGUACGAAUGAUUUAGAAAAUAGCAUUGAUCAAGCAUAAAGUAAUUAUUAAAUGUUGAAAUUCUUACAAGAUAAUAAAUGUCAAUUACUUUCUUUAUUUAAAGAUUUGAAAGUAAGUAAUGAAUUAAAUGUUAAAUUAAAUGAAUCCAAUAAUUAAGAAAAGAAAUAAGAAAGUCUUCUUGAAUGGAUUACUUUAAAUGUUAAUAUCUAAAAAUUUUAGGAUAUAAAUUAUUAAAGAGGAUUGGAAGAAAACUUAGUUAUUAGUUCACCAAUUGCUUAAUAAUCAGUAGUUAUGAUGGAUGCAUUUAUUGAAAAAUCUAUAUCAGGCAUAUCUGCUAUUUAAUUAGUUUAAGGUUCUUUAGAAGUAUCUAACCUAAAAAGUAGAAAAAUUUUAUAUGCAAAAUAUAAUGGCAAAAAACAGAAUUACAAUUUUUAUAUUUAAAUUAGUUUUUUUUAAGAAGUAUAAUUAAUAUUUAUAAAAGGAAGUUAAUAAUACUUAACGCUAAGUGAUAGCUGUUAUUCUUAGAGAUUUAGAAAAAUAAGUUAAACAAAUUAAAAUGAAUCUGAAAAACAUACAAAAAAUUAAUUCAACUAUAAAAUUUCUACAAAUUUAAGCUGAUUUAAUUUAAAAGACUCAUAGAUGGGUAAAUCAAUAAUAAAAUUAAAUUCCUGAGAUUUAAAGAAGUAGCAGAUAAACCACAUAAUUUAUAAAAAGAACAAAUUCUAUUUGCUCAUACAAAGAUAGUGUUGAUGAUGGUUUAUCAGAAGUUUCAGAAAAAGGAUCAAAAAAUUCAUAAAUAAGUUAAUUCAUCUAUUAAUUAUAAUUUCAAUUUAUGAAAAUAACCUAAAAUAAUUUUAAUUAUUUUGAAGUGUUUUCAAUUAAUGAUGUUGUUGAGCUUGAAAAAAAAAGAGUCGAUAUAACUUAAACAAUUACAUUGCUAUUAAAUUAUUUUCAAUAUGAUGAGAUAGUCAUUAUGAAGAAAAUAAGUAUUUAAUUUAAUGAAAAUUUAACUAAUAAAAUUAUAAUAACAGAUGUCAGGUGUAAUUAUAUAUAAUUUAAUUAGACGGUUGAAAUAACUAUUGUUUAACAUUAUUUACAAUUCAAUCAAAUCUUAUGAAUAUGAUAAUAGAAAUUAAAAAAUUUAGAAAAUAAUUUAAAUCGUUCUUAAAAAUUAUGAAGAGAAUAUUCGUUUUCAGGUGAUUGAUAAUGGAUGUGGCUUAAAAGAUGAGAAUAUCAAUUUCAAAAGAAUUGAUGAUUGUAAAUUAGGUUUAGCAGCGUCACAAAAAUUAAUUAAAUUAUUAGGAGGUAAUGAUAAAUAAUUAUAAAUCUUUCGUUCUUAAUCAUAAAACUAAACAAUUGUUAGUUUUGAAUUACCAAACACAUUAUUUAUUGAUAAAGCUGAAAUAAUGAGAGAUGAUUUUGAUUUAGAAACAAUUUAGUUAGUUUUCACUUCUUGA